CACAGUGAUCUUGAGCUGUCGUAUAAAAUAGAGGUUGCUGGUACGCAACCGCCACUCGCCCGGUAUUGCGUCCUUCCUGACAGAGCGAGGACCCCGAGAAGACCUUCAUCGAACAAGAUGGGCUUGUGGCACGUGUGCACAUGCGUGGUGCUGGCCGUGCUGGUUGGUGUCGUUAUUGCUGCCAAUCGGGGAGAACGAACGGACGCGUUUCGGGUGAUCGAGGCGUUUUCGCGACCUGUCAGCAUCUACAAGGACAGCAACAACUCACCCUUCAAGUGCCUGAGCGCUACACGAACUCGCUUCGACCCUCAAGCAAAGGAAGCAACCUACAUUUGGCACCUGAGAGAUGACCAUGGCAGAGUGAAGCAAAAUGUAAGCUUCGACGUUGAGAAAGGAAAGGAAAUUGACCAGGUCACCUUCUACGUCGACGAUGAUCGAACUCACCCUUUUACUGCAUACUGCAACUACACCGACUACCAGAACUGCAUAGUCGUCAUUGUUCCUUACAGUGGACACAAUC